AUGCGGCACAUGAAUGCUGUGUGCUUCCUCAGGCCGACCAACAAGAAUUUUUUGAAGCUCUCCCAGGAGCUGAAGAAUCCAAAAUACAACGAGUAUCACCUCUUCUUCACCAACGUCGUCCCUCACAUGCGGCUUGAGCCGCUCGCGUGCUGCGAUGAGUACGAGGUUGUGAAGCAGGUGCAGGAGUUCUUUGCCGAUGUCUAUGCGGUCAACCAUGACCUUUUCUCUCUGAACUUGCAGUCGACAGUCCGGCUGACAGAGGAUCCUGGCAGAUGGACAUCGUACGAAGAGAGCAUCUUUGAGCGAAUCAUCGAGGGGCUUCUCGCAACUUGCCUGACUUUGCGGAUGCUUCCUGCAAUCCGAUAUACAGACUCGUGUGAUCUCACGCGGCAGAUAGCGCACAGACUUCAGACACGCAUCCACGAAGAGCAGAGCCUCUUCGAAGCCAUUGUAAAGGCCCAGAAAGGCGAGGCCACACCAGUCCUGCUGCUUUUCGACCGCAGGAAUGAUCCUGUCACGCCUUUGCUGCAGCAGUGGACCUAUCAGGCGAUGGUUCAUGAGCUCCUGGGCAUGCACAACAACAUUGUGGACCUGAAGAAGGUGCAGAAGGAUGCGAGGCCUGAGCUGGAGAGGAUCGUCAUGUCGCCGCUUCAGGACGAGUUCUUUUUGACGAACUUGUACUCCAACUUUGGCGACUUGGGGCAGAACACCCGGAACCUGGUUGAGAAGUACCAAAAGGAAACAAAGAACACGGCCCGCAUUGAGUCAAUCGAGGAGAUGCAGCGGUUUGUGGAUGAGUAUCCGGAGUUCCGGCGCAUGUCAGGCAAUGUUUCCAAACACGUCAACGUGGUCAGCGAGCUGUCUCGAAUCAUUGAUGCCUAUGGGCUCCUCGAGGCCUCGCAGCUGGAGCAGGAACUGGCAUGCUCGGAGAACCAGAAGGAGCACUACAAAUCGCUGGUGGAUUUGUUGAAGAUGGCGAAGAUCACUCCAAUGGAAGGUCUUCGCCUUGUGCUGCUCUUUGCGCUCAGGUACGAGCAUGAGUACAACUCCAUUGCGCAGCUCAAGGACCAGCUGCGGCAAAAAGGCGUUGGAGAUGACCAAAUAGGCCUUGUGGACCAGCUGUUGCGCUACGCGGGCUCGCAAGUGCGGAACAGCGACUUGUUUCAGAACAAGAGCUUCUUACAACUAGCAAAGAACGUUGUCACCAGCAGCUUCAAAGGUGUGGAGAACGUCUACACCCAGCACAAGAGCCAUGUGGCCAGCGUCGUUAGCUCCCUGAUGAAGGGCCAGCUGAAGGAGACCAGCUACCCGUACAUGCAGGGCAAGGGAAGCAGCGUGGCUCCAGCGCGGGAGCCGCCCAGACGCUGUGUCGCCUUUGUCGUCGGAGGCUGCACCUAUGAGGAGGCGAGAGACAUCGCCGAAUUGAACCGGACCUUGGACGGAUGCAGGCAGAUUCCAGCAAGCAAAGCUCAAGUUUUGCUCUUCGCACGCUUCAACAAGGCUCAGGCUGUCCGAAGACCGGACGGCUGGCUGGGCCCUGGGCCCUGGCUGGAUGCCAGACCGGACCCGGACGAUUUGCCUGCGAACGAGGUGAGCUUGACGGCGGCCAUUGAUGUGCGCUGUUUGGAUGAGUACUGCCAGCACGUCGCAUUUCUCUUCACCUGGUUCACAGACACCGGUGAGUUGGCACAGAGCAUCAGCACUGGGCCCGUGUCCAGCGAGAGCUGGCAACAGGCUGGUGAACCUGAGCCUGUGGAGACAUCUGAGGAUGCCGCGCCGGCAGAUGCCGCGCCUGCAGACGCUGAAGGUCAGGGCCCACCUCAAGAGCCAGAGGAGGCUGAGGAGAAGCGUCAAGCAUACAUCGAAUCACGGCGCUUUGAAAGCCUCUCGCCAACGAUGAGUUCUACAUGUGCCUUCGUUCGAGCUCUUGCUGUCCAGGCUCUUCGCAUUCAGGCCUUCGUUCCAGAUCCCGAGGCACCAUUGCCCGAGCCAGGCUCUUUGGCAGACAUUGGUUCCCCUCCGACCUCGGCGUCUGGCAAGAAGAAGCCGGAUCCCAAGAAGGAUCCGAAGAAGAAGAAGGACCAGAAAGAGGUGGCGGCGAAGGAUCCGGCCGAAUCUUCCGAUGGCACCCCAGCGGGGUUUGUCAAGCUGGAUUUUGUCAUUCCGUUGGCUCCGCUGAUCGUGCAGAAGUGCAUCCAGCAAGCAGGUCCGAUCGUCUCUGAGGACUUGCUUGUAGAAGUGCCAUGCCCACAGAUCAAGGGCUUGCAGGUGAGUGUGCGCUGCAGCGGGCCGCUUCUCACGGCGGAGGUCAGACAGCAUCUGAACCCACUUCUGCUGACCUUGGGUGGUGCCCAUGCACUUCCGAAGGAUCCGCAUCGUGGGCAGCAGGAGCUAGUGUAUGCUGUGGUGGAGGCUUUCGGCGAACGUCGACGAACACUGGCAAAGAAGAUGGACAAGAUCGGGAACGUGCAAUUCAAGGCCCAUCUGGUCUACUUUCUGGGCACAUGGCCUCAACAUGAGACGCGCGAGCACUUGCAGCUGGCCAAGGUUGGUGUCGAGGUGCAUGAUCGUGACAAGGGCGUGCACAGCGAACCCAAAAUCGUGGAGGAGCCACCAGCAGAGGAGCCGCCACCGAAAAAGGGUGGCAAGGCCCCUCCGACACCGGAGAAACUACCUCCGCAAGUUGUCCCACCAGGCUGGGAGGCUUCCGUGGAUGUGAGAGAAGUGGCCGAGGCCUGGUGUGGCGUCGCCUGCGUGAACCUGGCUGAGCUCUUGAAUCCCAGGUUGACGCAUCCGCUGCCACUUCGUGCUGAUGUCGAGCCAGAACGUCGAAAGCAGCGAGCUUUGAGCGGUGGACGCGGGCUUCAGGUCUCCAACGUCAUGAAAGGAGAUGCAACCGCACGCGAGCUGAUUAUGUCAACAGAAAAGCCGGUUUCCGAGCCGAUGCCAGACUACCACGGUAAGCACACCUGGGUUCGGCUAACGGCGGCCCUAGCCGAGCCAUUGCCGCCAUUGGCGGCUCCUGCGAAGACCGUGGACACCGCGGAUCCGGAAGAGGCGUCGGGAAAAGAUCCGGAGCCUGCAGACGAGAAACUCGAGGGGGCGGCUGAGGGCCAGGAGGAGGAGCCACUCCCUCCACGAUAUGAAAGGUACACUCGGUUGGUCGUCAAGAUAGACUAUCGAAAGACGACCGUGCUGAAGAUGCUUCUCCAAGCAGUGUGUGACAACAAUGUCCGCGCGUUGGACCUGGAUCCUGGGCAAGCGCGCACGCUUGCCAGUGUGAAGCUCACAGAUGAGCAGAAGAGUCAGGAUUUGGACAUCAUCACAGGCUUCAUAGUCAUGGAUCGCCGCUGCCGGCUCGUUGUCGUAGAAUGCCUCCGCGAGAGCGAAGCCUUGAGCAAGCUGUUGGAGGUUCUUCCCGAAGAACGCACACCGAAACUGAUGGUCCUGUUUAACCCCCAACUUGGGUUCAGCCAGCGGCUUUACACCGACUUCAACCUCGUCCUGAAGCAGGUGAAGCUGCGUCAGCCGACGCUGGAAGGCCUCACGACGCGGCCAGCGCUAUGCCUGGCUGGGCGUGAUGCCGCCGUCAGCCGUGGCUUGAAUCAGCUGAUGGAGAUCAAGAGAGCAGAUCGGAUCCACGUCUUGAAGCUGAUGGACUCAUUCCCCACGUUGAAGAUCAUCGAGGAAAUCGAGACACAGUACGGCGACUUCGUUCAUGAAAAGGAGCUGCAUGGUGGCUGUGCCGACGAAACGAGGUCCGCGCACUCCAAGAUGACCGGGCGGACGGGCCGUUCCAGCAACCGCUCGGGCGGCUCGGGCGGAAGGCAUUCCGGAGGGCAGUCCGGAGGCGGUACGGCGGAAGGGGCUGAUGCGGACCGUGACAGUGAGGACCAGGAUGAACACGGCUCGGUGAUCGAGGAGGUGCACGUCCGGAACGCCAAGAUAGUGCUGAAGCCCAAGCUCACCUCGACAAACGAGAGCUUCCAGAGGACACUUCAGGCCCGCAACGCGGAGCCGCCGACGGACAUGAUCAGGACAAACAAGAAGGCGCUCGGAGAAAUGAGCAGGCAGAUGAAGGCGGAAGCAGGCUCCCGAAAAGUUGGCCCAAGGAAGGAGGUGGACGUGUCCUUCUUGGAGCCUGCGGAGCCUGUGUACAUCUACUCGGGACAGGCCAAAAACACGGCGGAGAAGCAGAAGAAGGCGAUCCGAGCAAAAAUGGCCGGCCAGGAAGGUGAGAAGCUGUGGACGUACUCGGCAGAGCGAAACUCCGGCUGCUUCCCGCUCUUGGAGAGGGAGGUACAGCUCGACAGGAUGCUGCGUGAGGAAGUCCCACAGGAGGAUGACCGCAAACCCUUCAAGUACCCGAGCCCUCGCGAGGCUGCGGACUACCGGCGCAUGACAAACCAAGUCUCCGAUGCCAGGAAGGAAGACUUGCAGGCCAAGUGGGUCGAAAAUCAGCUGCAUCCCGAGAUGGAAAAGAAGGACAUCAUUCGCGGAGCUUUUGAUGCACAGUCCCUGGGCAUAGGCGGGUCUCACGUCAUCGACCUCCGCCGGCCCUGCCUCUAUGAAGCCACAACGCCAGCUGAACCAGAGGCCAGCCCGCCGCCCAUGAAGUACAAGGCCCGAAACGUGAUGGGCUUGGAGAGUGCGAUUGACAAGCACCACAGGAGCAUCCGUGAUGGAGAGCCAGAGAAGCUUGGCUUUCGAUUCUCAGAGCGGCGGCCUCCCAGAGCCAUUCGGAAGAAGUUCGGCCACAAUGAGAAAGUCACAGAGCGCCUGGAGGUGGACAAUCCUCCGAUUUCUUGCCAGAAGGAUGAGGAGUAUCGCGAGGACAAGGGGACCUGCGAGUCACUCUCGAGCUUCAUGACUGCUGUGCGAAGGCCCCUGGAGUUGCACAACAAGCGUUCCGAAUGGAACCACUCCCCGCACCUCAACUCCUUGCAGGGAAGAUCGCAGAAUGCGCUGCAGCUUCUUGUCUCCAAUGCUGCAUGA